AUGGGAUCAACAGAUCUAAACCCUUCACAGAGAAAUCAAACUGCCUUGGUGGAAUUCAUCUUACUUGGUUUCUCUGAUGUUCCUAAUCUGCGAGGAUUUCUUUUUGGGCUGUUUCUGGUAAUGUACGUGAUUAUUCUGGUAGGAAAUAGCCUCAUUCUGAUCAUAACCAAGAUCGAUCCUUCCCUGCAGACACCCAUGUACUUUUUCCUUGGGAAUUUUUCUUUUUUGGAAAUAUGCUAUGUGUCAGUCACUGUCCCCAGACUAUUAGCAGAUCUCUACAGACAAAAUAGAAGUAUUUCUUUUAUAGCCUGUGCUACUCAGAUGUACGUCUUUCUGGUCCUAGGGGUCACUGAGUGCUUUAUUCUAACAGCCAUGGCUUAUGACAGGUACGUCGCCAUUUGCAAACCGCUACUCUACCCUGUCCUCAUGAACGACAAGCUCUGCAUCCAGCUGGCAGGCAGCUGUUGGGUAAGUGGAAUUCCAGUUCAUAUUGGGUUCACCUACUCGAUCUUCUCUCUCCCUUUCUGUGGACACAAGCAGCUGGACCACUUUUUCUGCGACAUACCUCCAGUCCUCACGCUAGUCUGUGGAGACACUUUUUUGAUUGAGAUGCUAAUUUAUGUCAUUGCGCUUCUGGUUGUCACGAUUCCUUUCAUGCUGAUCCUUGGAUCUUAUGUGAAAAUCAUCUCCACCAUCCUGAAGCUGCCCUCCACCACCGGGCGGGCCAAAGCCUUCUCCACCUGCUCCUCCCACCUUAUGGUUGUAGCUCUGUUCUUUGGAUCAGGCAUAAUCACAUAUUUGAGACCGAAAUCCAGUCAUUCAGCAGAAACAGACAAGUUGUUCUCUCUUUUCUAUACCAUCGUUACACCUAUGUUUAAUCCCAUGAUAUAUUGUUUGAGGAACAAAGAUGUCAUGGUGGCACUGAGAAAAUUCCUUCUGCAGUGGGUUGUCUUCUGA